GAGAGUCGGCUCUUUCGAUAUAAAAGCAGAUUAUUAUCACUCAAUUUUGUAGAAAGACGAGAGAGAAAAAAAAACUUAAUUAGAAGAACCAGAGAGAAAGUGAGAGAAAAUUCGAAAGAAAGUGAAAGAAAAUUUCAUCGUCUAUCAGAGUAUAAUAAUGACCGACGGACUCAAGAGAGACUACCAGAUUUUGGAGGAGAUCGGUCAAGGAAGAUUCGGUACUGUCUACAGAUGCUCAUCGGCGAACCAGAACGGUGGUUUUUUUGCUGUGAAAUCAAUUGAGAAACGUUUGGUUUCCGGUGAUUCUCUUGAAUCGCAAUGUUUACUGACUGAACCAAAAAUUCUUCAUCAUGUCUCUGAUCAUCCGAACAUUGUCAAGCUCCAUAAUCUCUACGAGGAUGAUUCGUACCUCGAUAUGGUGUUAGAUCUCUGCGAUUCGGCCGAUCUCCACAGCCGUGUCAGUCGCCGAGUCUUUACCGAGACGGAGGCAGCUUCCGUGAUGACUCAGCUCAUGCAAGCCGUGGCGCACUGCCAUCGCCACGGCGUCGCUCACCGCGACAUCAAGCCGGAGAACAUACUCUUCGACGAGAGGAAUCGGUUGAAACUCGCCGAUUUCGGAUCGGCCGAGAUGUUUCUUGACGGGGAGCCGAUGAGUGGGAUCGUCGGAACGCCUUACUACGUGGCUCCGGAGGUGUUAGCCGGGAGGGAUUACAAUGAGAAAGUUGAUGUGUGGAGCGCCGGCGUCGUUUUGUACAUAUUGCUGGCUGGUUUUCCGCCGUUUUAUGGAGAAUCUGUGGUGGAGACUUUUGAUGCGGUGCUUAGAGCCAAUUUGAGGUUCCCGACGAGAGUUUUCCGGUCAGUAUCUCCGGCGGCGAAGGAUCUACUUAGGCGGAUGCUGUGUAAGGAUGUUUCUAGAAGAUUCUCGGCAGAGCAAGUUCUGAGACACCCAUGGAUGGCAAAUGGCGGAGAAAGAUUAGAUCUGAGCGAAUGAUGCAAAGUUCAAAGCGGCGCCGUUUCAGUACAUAUGGAUAUAAUCAGAAUCGAAAGCUUUCUUUUUCUUCUCGUUUUUUUUUUGGGAAGCGAAGCGAAGAGUGUUCGUGUUUUUGUUAAUUGCGAUUUUCAUGAGUUAGUUAGUUUCUAGUUAGUGGUUAGUAGUUAAUGGUAUUAGAGAGUUAAAAGGAUUUUGGUGUUGUUUUGCGUAUAGAGGUUGUUUUGUUGAGAUUUUGAACUCGUUUAUGAGUAAAUAAAUAAAUAGUAACACGGAUUUUCUAAUUA